AUGACACCUUCCGAGGCAGCAAACGAUGCCCUAAACGCCACUCUGGCGGCCGUGCAACCACUCAUCAAGUGUUGCAUGAAGUUGAAGGAGGGCGAUCCAGAGACUUUGAGGUUAUUGGAUGACAUCGCCAGGCGCAUGGCAAAAGACUUGAAAACUCAUGCAGGGGAUGCAACUUCAUUUUCCCCGCAACUACUUUCCUGCACUGCCAUCAUAUGGCAGUACUCCAAGGGUGGUACUUUUCAGCGCGUCCCCAACUGGAGCUCUGUUACUGACAAUGACCCACAGAUCAAGGAUCAUCCGCGAUUCGAGAAGACCGUGGACUAUCACCCACCCUCUGAGCUUGAUGUUCCUUCAAUUGCAACAUCGAGCACAAUUCCCACCACCAUUCCCACAACAACUCCAGCUCUUAUUGUCCUGCCAUCCUCCGGCAGCAGAACUGAGACUAUCUUCGCACUUACGAGCACAUCAGAAUCCAUCCCGCAUGGACCUGGAUCUCAUCGCCAAGCUGGUAGCGCAACCAAAACGAUCUUCCCGCCCAUGAGUGCUCAAGAACCUGCCCCCUCUCGGUCGUCCGGCACAUCCACCCUUGAGAUACCGCCACCUAGGGAACAGUGGAAGGCACUUUUCCUGGCCAGUGAUAGCAAGAAGAGAAUGGUGGGCGAUGAAGAUACAGAUGGGGCCGUUGUGAUUGAAGCCCCCAAGUUGCCUUCCUCGCCCCAAGAGCCUCUGAAAAAGAAGAGGAAGUUGAUGUCAGAUGCGUCAACCGGAAUCAUUGAUGCGAAACUGAAGGUAUCAAAUGGCUUACCGCUCCAGGCAUUACUGUCUGUUGCUCCUGACAAGGCUGUUCUGCCAGGCAAUGACCAGGGUUUCCAGGAUUCAGACAUUCGGCCUGCAGAAUGGGGCUCAGAUGAUUGUAUCGCUACUCCGUUCCAGCAUUCUGUUCGUUUCCAUCCCCGGAAGUGCGACAAGUGCACAAAAAUGGACAUACCAUGCGUUGUCCUUCCGGACAAAAAGUUCGGAUGCACGCGACUUGCGUGUGCAAAUUGCAACCUCAUGAAGGUCACCUGUGCGAUCGACGGUGUCGGCGUGAGGAAGAGAAUGCAGGCAAAGGUGUCCGCAGGUUCCUCGAAUUCUGCCGAACACUCUGGAACACGCAUUUGGAAGUCCCAUGUGAUCUCUCCGGUUAUACUUGACAUCGCCAAAGAGGCGGAGCAACAACCUGGCCUGCCGGCUGAUGUGCCGAUCAAAACGCUUGUGAUCGAUACCACAAGCCAACGGCCCGAACGGGGUGAUCAGUUUGCACCGACCAACCGCGCUGAUCCCGAGCCAACUGCAAGAGACAUCCUGCAGGGCAUUCAGGACCUUGGCAGGAGAUUUGAUCUCCUGGCCACCAAUGAGCAGCUGGACACCUUGGAUGUAAGAGUUCGUUCAGUGGAGACUAACCUCCACCAGCGGUUGAAAGCACUGGAGCAAUGCCUUAACGCCUCGGAUGCCUGCUACAUCAUUCCUUACUAUGCUGUUCACGGUCCCCAUCUCCUGUAG